GAAAACUAGACAAAACAUAUCAACAAAUACAAACUAUACCAACCCUACCACAACACAUUAAGGAAAUACAAGACAAUGAAACAUCUAGAGAAAAAAUAUAUGACUUCUUAAAUUGGCAUAAAGAUCAAUUAGAACCAACUAAGCAAUAUUAUAAAGAUAAAAUUGCUGAACAAGAAUUGAAUUUCCAAUAUACUUAUAAUGAUGUUAUACAAAUACAACUAUCACAAUUCAUACAAAUGAAUAUAGCUGAUAAGCACCUAGUUAUGCAACAACUAGUAGGAGAUUCAAAUAGCAAUCCAAACCCUAAAUGA